GAUCAGGCCCAAUGGGGGCUCAGCCGCCCCAGCGAAGAGAGAGGCGGCGGCGGAGGAGAACCGAGAAGGACCGAGGGACGAGGAGGCCGGGCCGGCGGGAGAGGCCGAGCGAGCGACCGAGCGAGCCAGCCAGCCCGAAGGUCCGGGAUGCCCUACAAACUGAAGAAGGAGAAGGAGCCUUCAAAGUCUACUAAAAGCACUACAAAAGCCAGCAGUGGCAGUGGCGGAAAAGAUGGCAACACAGAGAAUUCAGAAGAGGUCCAGCAGCAGCAGCAGCAGCAGCAACAGCAACAGCAGCAGCAGCAGCAGCAACAACAACAACAACAACAACAGCAAACCUCAAAUAAGCGCCCCAGCAACAGUACGCCCCCACCGACGCAACUGAAUAAGAUCAAGUAUUCAGGGGGACCCCAGAUUGUAAAGAAGGAGCGAAGGCAGAGCUCCUCUCGCUUCAACCUAAGCAAAAACCGGGAACUUCAAAAGCUCCCUGCCCUUAAAGAUGCACCGCCUCACGAACGGGAAGAGCUCUUUAUACAGAAGUUGCGGCAGUGCUGCGUCCUCUUUGACUUUGUCUCGGACCCACUCAGUGACUUGAAAUUUAAAGAGGUGAAGCGAGCAGGUCUCAAUGAAAUGGUAGAGUACAUCACACACAAUCGGGAUGUUGUAACGGAGGCUAUUUACCCUGAAGCUGUUAACAUGUUUUCAGUGAAUCUCUUCCGGACGCUUCCCCCAUCGUCCAAUCCAACAGGAGCAGAAUUUGACCCUGAGGAAGAUGAACCUACGCUAGAAGCUGCUUGGCCACAUCUCCAGUUGGUGUAUGAAUUUUUCCUGAGGUUCCUGGAGUCGCCGGACUUCCAGCCAAACGUCGCCAAGAAAUAUAUUGACCAGAAGUUUGUAUUGUCGUUGCUGGACCUGUUUGACAGUGAAGAUCCCAGGGAGCGAGACUUCCUGAAGACCAUUUUGCAUAGGAUUUAUGGGAAGUUCUUGGGCCUCCGAGCAUAUAUAAGGCGGCAGAUCAACAAUAUAUUUUACAGGUUUAUCUAUGAGACAGAGCAUCAUAAUGGAAUUGCAGAGCUGCUAGAAAUUUUAGGCAGUAUAAUCAAUGGAUUUGCUUUGCCUCUGAAGGAAGAGCACAAGAUGUUCCUCAUUCGGGUUUUAUUACCGUUACACAAAGUGAAAUCUUUGAGCGUUUACCACCCCCAGCUGGCAUAUUGUGUUGUGCAGUUUCUGGAGAAAGACAGCAGCCUGACUGAACCAGUGAUUAUAGGCUUGCUGAAAUUCUGGCCAAAAACCCACAGUCCCAAGGAAGUUAUGUUUCUGAAUGAACUGGAAGAAAUUCUGGAUGUAAUUGAGCCUUCUGAGUUUGUGAAGGUUAUGGAACCUCUGUUUAGGCAGUUGGCCAAGUGUGUCUCCAGUCCACACUUUCAGGUGGCAGAAAGGGCAUUGUAUUAUUGGAACAAUGAAUACAUCAUGAGUUUGAUCAGUGACAAUGCGGCCAAAAUUCUCCCCAUCAUGUUCCCAGCACUCUACAAGAAUUCCAAGAGUCAUUGGAACAAGACAAUCCAUGGGUUAAUUUACAAUGCACUAAAGCUGUUCAUGGAGAUGAACCAAAAGCUAUUUGAUGACUGCACACAGCAAUACAAGUCAGAGAAGCAGAAAGGGCGAUUCAGAUUGAAGGAGCGAGAAGAAAUGUGGCAUAAGAUUGAAGAACUAGCCCGUCAAAAUCCACAGUAUCCCAUGUAUUGCGCACCCCCACCUUUGCCUCCUGUUUAUUGCAUGGAGACGGAGACCCCCACUGCAGAGGACAUACAGCUGCUGAAGAAAACGAUGGAGACAGAGGCUGUGCAGGUGCUGAAGGACAUGAAGAAGGAGAAAGUUUUGCUGCGUCGGAAAUCUGAGCUUCCUCAGGAUGUCUACACCAUAAAAGCCCUGGAAGCACACAAGAGAGCAGAAGAAUUCCUCACCUCAAGCCAGGAGGCACUCUGACGGGCUAGGGAGCCCCUGGAGGGUACACAGAAAUGCACUUUGUUCUAAUGUAUAACUAGGGAAUGAACAUGGUGAGCUGUGCCUGUCCUCCGCUCCAUUCUCAUUCUUUCAGGUUAGAUUUGAUUUUACAUUGUACCUCAUAUCCCACCACACUGUCACUUCUUCCUGCUUUAUCCUCUUAAAGCUGUUCUUGUGUGCACGUGUGAAGGGAGCCUAGCCAAUCCAUGAGAGUACCAUUCCUUUCAGGGAUCAUUCCAUUUCCUGCUCUCUGACUCCCAGCCUCACAAGCCAAAGCAGAAAGAGUUCAGCAAAUUAUUAGCCACACACUAUAGUAACUGUUCACCACUGCUUCCUUGCACCUGUUUAUGUACCAUUUUUCAUAAAUAAUAUAAACAGAUAUUGUACAUGAAACAGACUAAGCAGAUCUAAUCCAAUCCAUUUUCUAAGGAUCGAGGCACGCUUGUUCUUUUGGGACCAUGCUAGAUUUGGGACCAGUGUGUUGCUUUCCCCUCCAUUCAAUAACUGGCUAAUCUAUUGGAGAACUCUGGUUGUUUUGAUCCAUGUGAGCAAGGGUGACAGCGUCAUGCAGGAGACUCUUUGUUUUCGGUUGUGCCUAGCACAGGGAUGUAAUCAUUCUGUGUAAGAAAGUCCUGAAUUUUUGUGAAUGCAAAUGGAAUAAGUCAAGCAAAAAUUUGCAUACACUGUUCUGUUUGCAUAUCCCCUCCCCCAGGUUGUGGUGCAAUGGCAGCUACACAUAAUUCUAAACCCAUUGCUUUGGACUUUGUGGUAGUUUUUCAUCCUUGCAGAGAGAGACUAGCUAUACUAGUUGAUCUAUGUGCCUGGUAGCUAGACUGCAGCUGCUGUGAAGGAGCCUUACUUAGAGUUUGGUUGACCUUCCACUGCAGCUAAUCUGUUCUUCAUCCACACUCUGCCUGUUUUAUCAGCUCAAAUCAUGUAUGCUGAUUGCUGGAUUUUCCUUCAAAUUCUAGUUUCCAGCCAAUUUACAAGGCUCUGAACCUAAGUAUAUCUGCUUCAAAGCAAGUCUCAUCUGACAACAGUGGGACUGAUGAAUUAAUUAUUUAAGAUCAGGCUAUAACCUAACUUCUUAAAUACUAUGUAAAAUUCCUGUUCUCUUGUUUAAUCUUUGCACAGUGUACUGCCUUGUCUACUUAAUAUGUCCCCCCCAGUACUUCCAACCCUUCUUUCUUCUGUACCUUGAACCAUUUAUAUGUAUAACCUGCCCCUCCCCAUCUGUUUAGUGGCCUUUCAGCCAUUAGAAAACUGAUUAGUUAACAUCUGACAAUUGGGAAUUUACCAGCUGUUCAUACUGGCAGCUAAUUCACAGUGUUGCUCUCCUUAACCUGCAAAUUGCACUUUGGGAAGAAGAGUUGCUGCUAAUUCUGUGUCAUGUGACUGGGCUGCCAACUGGCACUGUCUUACCUAGCUUAUCUGCUGCCAAAAUAUUUUCAAAUGCCCAUCUUUAAAAAAUACUAUCUGGCUACCAAUUUGUCAUAGUCCUUAAUGUCCUUUGUGCUAUGUCUGUAAAAAUAUUGUUUCUAAAGGGAAAGAGAGCAUAAGGCAACAACUGGAAAAGCAAAAAACCAAAAACAAACUCACCUAUCAACAGAAACAUUUUGUGUAUUGUUGAUGGCUUUCACAAACAGAAUCAACUGGCUAUUGGGGGUUUUCUGGGCUGUGUGGCUGUGGUCUGGUAGCCCUUCCUCAUACCGUUUCACCCACAUCUAUGGCUGGCAUCUUCAGAGGCAUGACACAGUAAGGUGUGUUUGAAGGUGCCAGCCUUAGAUACAGGUGAAGCCUUAAGAGCCAAAGUGACCAGACCACAGCCACACAGUCCAGGAAAUCCACAACAGCCAGAAACAUUUUGCGUGAUGUUCAGUAUGUGCAUGGUUAGCCUGCCUUGUAGGCUGUGGUCCUUGAGUGAGGUUCAAAUGGUGGUGAAAAGGAGCUGACUUAGAACUCUUCUACUCUAAAGUACAAUUCAAUCCAUUUACUCAUUCCCCCUUCCCUGAGGCUGGGCUCUGCAAAUAAGAACUGGAGGACUUUUCUCCCCUUUACUUUUCCACAUGGAUGCAACAUAGCACUCCUCUGCCUUUUACAGUUUUGCACUGGUGGAGCAGGGCUGCAAUUGAGCAUCUUGUGCUGUAUGGCUUAGGUGUAAAUAUAGCCCUCUGUCAUUUUUGUUUUGGGGUCAGGGAAAAUUGUGUUUGGUACCUAACAUUAAAGUUUAGUUUGCUGCCAAUUCAUUCCAGUGUCCUAUGUAUCUCACAGGUGGGGGAAGCUGUGUGAAAACCGGGGUGAAAAUUAACAACUCAAGCCAAAAUGAACACCUCAAGCACACAGCUUCAGGUCACUAUCUACCUUAACGCAGAUGUCCUGAAUUUCCUUGCAUUUUUUGUCCUAGUUUCUGCUAGUAGCCUUCUCCACUUUUUUACAUGGACGGGGUUGGAACGGCCUCUUUCACUUCUUACAUAGUCCCUAACAAGAGGGGGGGAAAGCAAAACUAAGUGAUGCAUUCACUCUCCGGACACAAGUAUUAAGCUGCUUUACAGUUCAUAUGUACAUAUGGUGUACUUUAUUUUAAGUAGAGUAUUACAUAGUAUGACAGUGUUGGAUUUUGUACAGAUGUCCCUGUAUGUACAGAACUAAAUAAAAUGGAUCUCUUGAAAAGAUGA